UGUCCCUUUAUGUCAGCUCCUUCUUCAUUUCUCUUCAUCUCCGCGCACGCACGGAUCUCGCUUUUCCCCACGCAGAGGACUGGAUACAUGACGAAGAGGAGCGAACCGCUGCGCCAAGACAGGAUGGCUGCCGACAACGACUUAGUGAAAUGUUUUUGACACCGUUUUGGAAAGGUAAAGACAUAUUUCCGGAUGACCUUGGCACACUUUUCAAGCGUGAUGGAAUUGCACGACUCCUGCCACAGCAAGCACCACGUCGAUUCCAGGAAGAGUCCCGUGAUCAGCGCCAUCAUGUUCGCCGCGGGCCUCCUGGGCAACGUGGCCGCCCUGGUGAUCCUGGAGAUCCGGCGGCGGCGAGACAUGAAGGCCGCGGACUGUCGACGACGGGCGCUUUUCCAAGUCCUCAUCACGUCGCUGGUGGUCACAGACUUGGGCGGAACGUGUCUUGUCAGUCCGCUUGUGCAGCUGUCGUACUCGCACAACAUCACCUUGGAGGGAAUGUCACCGAACACUCACGGGGUGUGUGCUUACUUUGGAUUCAGCAUGACCUUCUUCAGCUUGGCAACCAUGUCACUUCUCCUAACAAUGGCUCUAGAAAGGUCCUUCGCUAUCGGCUACCCCUACUUGUACAAUCGGCAUGUCACCAAAAAAUUUGCCUACAUCACAAUUCCAGUGGUUUUUUUAGUCUCUUGUCUAUUCUGUCUCCUCCCGUUUGUGGGAUUUGGGAAAUAUGUACAAUAUUGCCCCGGCACAUGGUGCUUCAUUGACAUGAACCCAGAGUGGAAGAAAGACCGAGUCUACGCCAACCUGUACGCCACUGUCAUGUUAGUACUGGUGCUGGCCAUAGUGGCGUGCAACGCCUUUGUAGUCUACCAGUUGCUGCGCAUGUACCAGCGCCGUAGGAGGAACGGAGGCUCCGUCACAGCGAGCACACGUUCCAAGAGCGAGCGCUGGCCCACGUCUAUGGCGGAGGAGGUGGAGCAUCUCAUCCUGCUGGUCUUCAUGACUACCAUCUUUAUCAUCUGCACGCUGCCCCUCGUGAUACGUGUGUACAUCAAUUCGGUUGGGAUUCGCAGCGAGUCCCACCCGCUGGACUUGAUUGCACUCCGUUUCAUCUCGGUCAACUCCAUCAUCGACCCCUGGGUCUUCAUCCUCCUCUCUCCUGGCGUGCUGCACUUUUGCUGGGCCUCCAUCUGCCGAUCUCCCCGAAGAACUUUGAAGGCUUCUCGGCUCAAAUCGUCAAAGGCCAAAGAGAUUCAGGCAAACGUAGAGAUGUCGCGCACAGAACUGGAAUACGGAGAGUCAUUUCCACCUCUAGAAAAUAUAUGACUAAUAAUUAUUCUUCUUUGUUUAAUUAUUUGAUAGUUCUAUUUAUUUUAGCUCUCAAAAGGUCACACAUUUGGAACCUCUUGCUAAUCACAUGAGGCACAGAAGUUUUGGCCAUGUUGUUUAUCUAUUUUUGGGCAGUUCCACUUUUAUCAGCCGCUUGCAGUUCCUUAUCAUUUCCGGGUUGUUUCCACACUACUUGUAGUACAGAUACUGUAUGUUCACGCAUGUCCGUAUUCUGUCAAGCUAUGUGCUCUUUCAGACAACAAUACAGUUAAAAGAAUGUGCAACAAAGAUAUAAUUAAAAAAUAUAUAGAUAUAUUUCAUGUGUUGGUAUGGAGAGAUCCCCUGGCAUUCACAAAUUUGCCUAUUUGCGGAUUUUUGGGGGGAAGCCGUCAUCCGUUAUUUGCUGAAAACCUCGGCUAUUUUCCUUGUUGUGCUCAGGCCAAAGCAUUAAUAUUAUUAAAUUGUCGCCAUCUAGGUAUUGUUGUUAGGUGUCAUUCAUUAACUGUGUUUCAUUGCCUGCGUUUGGGAUGUCCUCUCAUGUUGGCUGUCCUUGAAUGCACCUCGCGCACAGCCAAAGUGAAAAUGUUUAUUUUUCCUUUCCUCCCAGCUACAGCUACUAAUGGCCAUGCAGUCGACUUUGGAAUUACAAUUUGGCUGUAUUUCCUAACACUGAUUUGUGUGUAAAUGCCCAAAAGUGAGUGAAAUGACAAUUUUUGUGUAAAGUGCUAGGGCGCAUAUUUGUUUGCCCAUCGUCGUUGUCAUGUCAUUUUGUGCUAGCGUGUUAUUUGGGCGAGUAUGCUAGCUAAUACGAGUGAUGAACCUCAUGUGAAGGUGGUUUGUUUGUGUUGAGUAAUUUAACUACCGAAUACAGUCUUUCAUGUACCAUGGGUUCAUGAUUGUGUACUUGCUAGAUGUAUGGUGUUGAUGCUUUAUGAUCCUCUCUGUUUGAGUUUCAUCUAUACAAAAUUACAAAACCCCUUUU